GUAUGCUUGCACUCUCGCGGUAGUGAUUCCAAUGACCACUCGCACUUUGGCUUCCUUCUCAGCGUCGCUCACACUCAUACGCUCACGCAUACACCAUACAUCAUGUUCUCCAACCCCAAUUCCAUGGAGCAGGUCGUUGUUGUCGCUUCACCCGACGUCCGCGCAGUUUACAGACAUCUUGUAUGGCGUGAAGACGCUAUCGCUGACCCUCAUUGGGUGGUACACGCUGCAUGAGGUGUUUGUGUACUACGGCUUCUCCCUCGGGCGCUGGCUGGCGCAAGUGGCCUUCUGGGUCACGCUGCUUGUGCUGUGCAUCUUCUCCAACCACAAGCUCUAUCGGGGCUUCCGUGCAUUCUUUUAUGAGCGCCUGCACACGUUCUUCACCUUCUCGGAAGUCAAGUUUGUCGACGUGCUCACCGCAGAUGCCCUCACCUCAAUGUCCAAACUCCUCGCCGACAUGCAGAUUGUCGUUUGCUCGAUUGUGGGGGUGCUGAGCCUGAACUUUGAUGCGGGGAACACGCGGUGCAUGCACAGCGUGGUGGCGCCGGUGCUGGCAAGCCUGCCAUACCUCAUCCGUGCCAUCCAGUGCUACCGCGCAUACCUCAGCACGGGAUCCUCGCACCAUCUCGUGAACCUUGGCAAGUACCUGUCCUCCUUCCCCGUCAUCUGGACCUCCGCCCUGAAGCACCAGCUUGCGCCCGUCGAAGGCGUGCGUCUUGACAAACACGACCAGUACCUUCAACUGCUCUGGCUCUACACUGUCACCAUCAACACCCUCUACUCGUACCUGUGGGACAUUCUCAUGGAUUGGGGCCUGUGCCGCUCGCCACGCGCCAAGCACGUUUUAUUGCGUGAUGACCUGCAUUUUAAACGCCCCUGGUUGUAUUACACGGCCAUGGCUGGGGAUCUUGCCCUACGCCUGUGCUGGAGCCUCAAACUCUCCUCGCACCUCCAACAACACGCUUCAGGGCAAGCGUUUGCGUUUCUGUUUGAGGUGCUUGAGGUGUUCAGGCGGUUCGUGUGGAAUUUCUUCCGUGUGGAGUGGCAGUACAUACAGGAACGCCACAAACACACCACCCGCGAGCUCACAGCCGUCCUGCAUACUUCUAGUCCGCGGGCCUUGACAUAGCAGACCGACCGCAAGCACGCUUCGAUAACGCGCACGCACGUGUUUUUGAUGCGUGUUACAUGUCAGCGCGACAGGCUUGUUCAUGCGUACAGGUGUUUGUUUGUGCGUGCUGGAGUGUUUGUAUUUGACAGAAGCGAGUGAGAGCACACGUGUCAUUUCUGGUGUGAUGACGGUGGUGUGGUGCUGUGGCAGGAGAGACAGUUACCAGGUAUCCUGUGAUGCGCUGUGCAGACUUUUACGGGUAGGAGGUGUACACAGCAGGCGCUUGCUUGCAUGCAGACAAGGCUCACACCCACGAUCACACGUGGCAAAGAGAGCUGUGGGUUUAGUUGGUGUUGACGUUGUUACAGUAGGAAAGCCAGGCAUUUCACAGCAAGUAAACAACAC